ACUCUUUCACCGAGGAGAGCUUGGUACAGACGGCAAAUUUAGAGAUAGAAAAAUGGUAUUAAAUCAGUUAUCAUCUCUAGUCUCAGAAGUGUCACAUGGACAGGCUUUCUUAGGUCUGUGUAGUUUACUUAUUUCCCUUAUUGUUAUUUUGCUGAUCCGGCAGCUUGUGAAGCAGAGGAGACCCCGAGGAUUCCCUCCUGGACCGUCACCUAUUCCUGUCAUAGGGAACAUUAUGUCUCUAGCAACAGAACCGCACGUCUUUAUGAAGAAACAGAGUGAAAUCCAUGGGCAGAUUUUCAGUCUUGAUUUGGGAGGCUACUCAGCAGUGGUUCUGAAUGGAUAUGAUGCCAUCAGAGAAUGCCUGUACCACCAGGGUGAUGUCUUUUCUGACCGGCCAUCGCUGCCUUUAUUUAUGAAAAUGACCAAAAUGGGAGGACUUCUGAAUGCUAAAUUUGGCAAUGGAUGGAUUGAACAUCGUCAACUGGCCAGCAACUCCUUUCGUUACUUUGGCAGUUUUAAAAAGCCCCUCGACCAGAAGAUCCUGGAAGAGUGCAUGUUUUUUGUGGAUGCCAUCGACGAACACAAAGGGAAACCAUUUAACCCAAAGCACCUGGUGACCAAUGCUGUGUCCAACAUCACCAACCUCAUCAUCUUCGGCGAGCGUUUCACGUACGACAACUGUGACUUCCAGCACAUGAUCGAGAUCUUCAGUGAGAAUGUGGAGCUGGCCGUCAGUGGCUGGGCCUUCCUUUACAACGCCUUCCCUUGGAUCGAGUACCUCCCCUUCGGAAAGCACCAGAAGCUGUUCCGCAACGCAGCCAAGGUCUAUAACUUCCUGGAGCAGAUCAUCAGGCGCUUCUCGGAGGGCAGAGUGUGCAACUUCCCGCGCCAUUACAUCGAUGACUACCUGAACAAGUUGGACAAGAGUGCUGGCGACUUGGGCACCCCGUAUUCCAGGGAGAACCUAAUCUACUCUGUGGGCGAGCUCAUCAUCGCGGGCACGGAGACCACCACCAACACCCUACGCUGGGCUAUGCUCUACAUGGCCCUCUACCCCAACAUUCAAGAGAAGGUGCAUAAGGAGCUGGACAGUGUGCUGGGAAGUGGGCAAUCCCCCUCGCUGGCAGACAAAAAGAGGAUGCCCUAUGUGGAAGCGGUGCUACAUGAGGUCCUGCGCUUCUGUAACAUCGUGCCCCUGGGCAUCUUCCGCGCCACCACUCAGGACACACUGGUGAGCGGCUACAACAUCCCCAAAGGCACCAUGGUCAUCACCAACCUGUACUCUGUGCACUUUGAUGAGAAGUACUGGUGUGACCCUGGAACCUUCUCACCACAUCGCUUCCUGGACAGCAAUGGACACUUUGUCCGACGGGAAGCUUUCCUACCCUUCUCUCUGGGGAAGCGUCACUGUUUGGGCGAGCAUCUGGCCAGGAUGGAGAUGUUCCUGUUCUUCACCACCAUGCUGCAGCGCUUCCACCUGCAGUUCCCCCCCGGCACAGUGCCAAGCCUCACCCCCAAACUGGGCAUGACCCUGCAGCCGCUGCCUUACUCCAUCUGCGCCGUCCGCAGGCAGCAGUGACAGAUUCUCAGAAGCCACAGCCCGAAGGGGUGGGGGGUUGGGGGUUUAGUCAGAACAGAACAGGGCUCUAGAGCUUGUACUCCUACCCUGACCUCCAGUGUUUUACACAGAACUGCUAGAAUUCUAAACAUCAGCCGAUGGUUGUUUCUGAGCAAUUGCAUGUUUGCACAGCACCAUUUGAAAAGUCAUAGGAUCACCAGAAAUGUUACUGGCGAGAUCCUGAAAUAUCAGGUGGAACUUCUCAGUAAGUUUAAUCGAGAAGUGUGAAUAUUUAAACAAUACACACACACAUAUACUAUGAAUUAACCUUGAAUUAGAAUUGACUUUUUAUCUGUGUCCUUAUAAUCAAAUGUCUCAUCUUCCCUGCGGGAUUAUGUCAAUGAUUGACAGGAUGGACCUCUAUGAUGGUUCACAGCCCUGUCUUCUCUCUCUCAGCCUGCCUAAAUGAGAAAUGGGAACAUUACCCACUGGGCACACACUGGUUGAAUCAUUGUUGUUUCCACGUCAUUUCAAUGAAAUUGAACCUACGUGGAAUAGACGUUGAAUUGAUGUCUGUUCCCAGUGGGUAGUUUCAGCUGUUUCUACAGCACAGUGAAAAUAAGUAGACUAGCAGCCAGCCUUUCCUAGAAGGCUCUGGACAUGGUGUUUAGUCUGGAUCAGCGCCAUAUCAAGCAGUCUGAACUAACAAUGAACCUGAUCUCUAGGGAUUCUUCCAUGGAAAAGCCUUCUCUCAGAAAGCUAAUGCAAUAUCCGUUAAAUGUCUUUGUGAUGCUGUCCUUUGUGAUUUAAGUCAAUUUUACUUUUGUCUAUUAUGGUCAUACUUUGUAAUAAGAACAAUGCCAUUUUUGUGCUCCACUUACCUUUUUUACAAUGUUUAUGGUGUGCCUUUCCUAAGAGAAAUUCAAGUUACAUA